GUUAUUUGUCCACGUGAGCUUCAUUCAGCUGAGCGCUGCAAGGAUGAAUGGCUGGGGUUUGUUUAAACAAUAUUAUGUUUAAUAUGUUUUCUGCUCACAAAUGUUAUAAAUGUCUUGUAUGCGUAACUUCUGUUUGUUGCUCUCUGGUGUUUUGAGUCGCGUGCACUCAGUGUUCCCGCACAUCCAUCUGUAUGAAGCUGCACAAACACAUCUGAUGAGACACAAACGCUCAUUUAACGCAGUGAUCAUUUUUUUUCCCGAGCCAUUCACUAUUGUUUUAAUGUAACCAUGCCUGCGCUCGGCUGCAUGAAACCAGCAUUUGAUCGUGAAAUCACGCCAUAUAUUUGUGAAGCAGACUGAAGUCCUGGAAUGCUUGAGUGCGGGGGUGUCUGGCUGUCCCCUUCACUGCAGUCACACAUCUGACCAGCAUAUGCAUGCCUCACGCUGCAAACAACUGCUUUGGAAAUGGUAUUUGACUUGUUUACAGGGGGUGGAAGAUGGAAACGUUGGAAAAAUGGAGCAGAGACAUCAUGGCACCUCAUCAGCUGGAUAAGAAGGCACAGUCCAAACAAAAUGGCACGAUUGCAAAAAAUCUUCUCAACUCUCUUAAGAUUCGCAAUCAUUUGCAGCUCCAGCCAAUUUCUCGUUCAGCAUGUGCCACUGGCUCUUGUCCAGAUCUGAUGAGUAGGAACGAGCAGUCAGACUCCCGGCCGCUUGCCGUGGCCCUGACGCCCCAGCUACCCCCCAGGACCCAUCGUCCCCUGUGUCUCUCAGUGUCCUCUGACAGCAAUGGACGCUUCAAAGCUCUGGAGACCCAGGAAUGGAAGAACAACCUCAAAGCUCAGAUGGAGCAGGCCCAUAGUGCUGGAGCAGCCAGCAGCACAGGUUCCCUGGAAAGAGCGUCUCUCUUUUGCGCUUCUGGCUCCACCACCACCUCCAGCUCUGGCCUCUCCAGUCCGGUGGAGCACCUCACCAAGAGCAAGUCCUCUAGUCGCUUUUCACUUUUCUCCCCACCUUGGAACAGCAGCUCAGAGUCUGACUCCAAUCCACCUUCCCGCUCUGGAUCUAAGAAAAUGUGUAACUACAGUCGCAGAGCUGGUCCUGGCAGUGCCAAAACGGGCCCAGAGACUCCAGAACCCAAGCAGAGUGUCCCUGAGCACUUCCAGUACUCAGAACCGGUCAUAUCGAAGGUUACAGAUUACAUUUUUGUGGGAAACCUGAACGCGGCUUAUAGCGGACGUACGUUGUGCCGCAAUAAUAUCGACAGUAUCAUCGACAUGAGCAGCCUGCCUGGGGAGACUUGUUUGAGAGUCAUUCCUUGCACUUGUUCAAGGGGUGUCAAGCAUAGUUGGUCUCGUCUCAAAGUGGACAUAAGUGACCUUCCAGACACAGUCCAAGAAGGGCUGGCACUCAAGCAUCGCUGCUUCGAUGACAUCAAUGAGUGUAUCGAUGCCUCCACGGAGAAGAGGAAGCGAGUGCUGGUACAUUGUCGUGAUGGUUUUUCCCUCGCCCCCACUUGCAUUAUUCAGUACCUCAUGGUCAAACAAAAUAUGAGGCUUAUUGCCGCCUACGAGCUGCUCAGAGCCAAACACCCGGUCAACAUUCGGGAGUCCCAUCAGAACGUUCUGGUAAGUCUCGAAAGAGCUCUGAGACCGGGUGGGAACACGGACCCAGAGUGCUUUAAACAGGCCAUCUCUCGAAAAGUGGCUUGGACCUGAUAGCGAACCUUGGGGAACCUCACUUUUAUUUUAGCGUUUUGUAGUUUGUAAAUUUUAUUUUGAAUAUUAUUUCCAUUGUUAACUCUGUGAAAGGCAGUUUUUUAUUGUUUUAACUGAGCUGGAUGUCAUGGUGUGAGUACUAAUUGUGAAAAUGUACUUUGUUGUUCAGUGGCCAUUUUAGCAAAACAAAGCCUGAGAAUUUGACUCAUUCGUUUUGCUUCUGGCUAUACAAAACAAGAACAAACAUGCUUUGUGCAGCUGCUAAACAAUGAGAGUUGUCUGGGAAUAUAUCUCCUGUUUAUUCUUCUUCACGUGGGUACAUAGCCAUGCUGUGCAGGUUUAUGCUGAAGAAGUUGUUAGCGGGAGCCCUCAGGAGACAAAACGAUGUCAUAUAUGGCUGCAAACACCACUACUGAGGCUGAAACGUCAAACUGGAGUACUAUAUCAACUAAACAUCUUAAACACUCUGAGGACAAAUUGAGGACUAAACAUGAUUAAUCACUGAAUCUGGUAGUACAUAGCACAACCUUUGUUGGCCUCCUUAUUCAUUUGACAGUUAGUUGAUAUUUCUCUGUUUAACCAGGGUCGAAAGAUGCACAGUAAGAGUAGUCCUCUAUGAGGAGACAUUUCCAUUUACUAGGGUAAGUGUCUUUUAUUAAAUGUGUACUAUUCAACAUGUUUGAUCGAAUAAUUCAGUGCUUGGAAACAAUGUGAAUUUUGUGAUCGUGUAAAGCAUUGAAACUAGCCUACUUUAUACCUUGUAUGGUUUGUUGGUAUUUGGAAAAUGAGUUAAACAGAGUUGUGGAGCAAUGCUCAAUUGUAAAGGCUUGAUUUUGCACUUACCACAAGGAAAUGCACAAGUUUUGCUGAAACAUGGUUUGACUUAAUGUUGCACAGUGAAUAUAGAUCAAAAUAUUUUUAUUACAAUAAUGUUUAUGCUUAUAUAUAAUGAUUGUUGUUCCAUGGUUUCUAUUGUAUUUUGAUUUAGCCAUUUUGAAAAAUGUAACCCUGACUUUUACCUGAAAUUUACGUCAUUGAGACAACUUGAAUGCGUGCAUUUUCACUUAAGAGCAUUAUCUAGUUUACAGUA